AAGAAGGCAGCGGAGUUUCAGCGGGCGCCAUUAAUGGUGGUGGUGACCGGUUGCUAGGCUGUAGACCAUGGCAUGCGGGAGCACACCAGCACGUAAAGUGAUGGUGGUCGCGGAUCCCUGUCGCGAAUCAGCUGCUGCACUUCAAUAUGCCCUCUCCCAUGUAGUGCUUGAAAAUGAUACGUUAAUUCUCCUCCAUGUUGAGAAUCCUAAUAGUGCCUGGAGAAUCCCAUUUGGUACAAUCUUCAGAAAAGCACAGUCGCUCCCUGCUUCUGCCGGUGCCGCCUCCAUGUCCUCGUCCUCAUCCUCAUCCUCAGAAGGUUUUGGUGGUGGUGGAGGAGGAACCAUAGAUUUUCUCGAAGCAAUGAAGCAAGCUUGUGGUAUUGCACAGCCUAGGCUAAAAGUUCGUGCACAGAGGGUGGAAAUGGAUGGAAAGGACAAGGCUUCUGUACUUCUUGCACAAAGCAAAAGUCAUGGGGUUGAUGUCAUUGUUAUAGGGCAAAGGACGACUCUCUCCAAUGCAAUAUUAGGGCCUAAGCGAAGUAGAUCAUUAAGGGGUCUUGAUACGGCGGAGUAUUUGAUCGAGAACAGCAAAUGCACUUGCGUUGGAGUGCAGAGAAAGGCCAAUGGAGGAUAUCUUCUCAACUCAAAAACCCACAAAAACUUCUGGCUACUGGCUUGAGGAUAUGAUAUAUUACUUAUUGUAGUUUGUAAAUGAUUCAGAGCCUCUUCCUCUCCACCUAUUUUCCAGUUGAUGUUGUACAAUCGAUUAUUGCUUUUGAGUAUUUUGGUUGAAAUAGAGGUAGAUGAACAUAUACAAUAA